AUGUCGGCACCCAAGAUCGACUUGAUGAAGACUUCCGUCCAGAACGGCGUCGCGGUCAUCAGCUACGACAUCCCGCCCGCAAACACCCUAUCCAAGGCGUCCAACAAAGCUCUCAUCGAAUCGUUCAAAUGGGCAUUGAGCGAUUCAGCCGUCAAGGUCAUCGUCCUUACCGGUGAAGGCAAGUUCUUCAGCACCGGCUUGAACCUGAGCGACGUCCCGGCCCAAGGCCCAGUGCUCCCCGACGACCACAUUGAGCUGCUGCGAGAAAUGCACCAGAUCUGGAUCAACGCGGAAAAAGUCACCAUCGCCGCCGUCAACGGCCCGGCAGUAGGCUACGGCACGAGCAGCAUCGCGCUCUUCGACCUCGUCUACUCCGUCCCCGACUCCUUCUUCUUCACCCCAUUCGUGAAAGUCGGCCUCUGCGCCGAAGCCUGCGCGAGCGUAACUUUCAGAAACUCCAUGGGGCGUCAGAAAGCCUCGGCCCUAAUUCUCGGCGGAGAGCGGUUCACUCCUCAGGAACUGGAGAACGCCGGCUUGAUCACGAAAAUCCUGCCGAAGGAGGGCUUCAUGGAUGAAGUGUUGAAGAUUGCUAAGCGCAUUGCUGAGCAGCCUGCUGGAGCUUUGCGUGACAAUAAGAAUCUGCUCAUGGCGCCUUUGAGGCAGGAGUUGCUAGAUGCGAACGAGCGGGAAUGCGAGAUGUUGAGGCAGAGGGGCAAGACUGAUGAGCCGAGGAAGGCUAUUGAGCAGUUUGCUAAGGAGCAGGCGGCGAAGAAGAAGAAGGCGAAGCUUUGA